AUGCGUGGGGCGGAAUUUCGCCCCGGGCGAGAAGCAUUCCUCGACUCAUGGACGAUUUGUGGGACGCCGAAUUACAUCGCACCGGAAGUUUUGGGGAAGAUGGGCCACAGCUAUCAAGCGGACAUCUGGGCGAUUGGUUGCAUAAUGUAUGCCAUGCUGGUCGGUCAACCGCCGUUCGAGACAGCAACACUGAAAGAAACUUACUUCCGGAUAACCAUGAAUAAGUACUGCCUGCCACUGACGCUGUCCACCGAGGCCCGGAACCUGAUCGCGCGACUCCUGCACCCGGUGCCCACGAGUCGCCCGAGCCUCAACCAAGUUCUCAACGACGAAUUCUUCAACGCUUACAUCCCGCCGGUUCUUCCUACUUCCUGCUGCGUUGAAGCACCCAAGUUCAAGAUGUCAUCCGCAAUGCUUACUCGUCGUCCAGAAAGAAUGGAUGCCAGCUGUGGGCGAACGGAGGAAAACAAAUGCAUUGUCUCGUCGAUGUCAACCCUGAAUAUUGCUCUGGAAUCGUCGCCGAAGGCGGUGCCUGUUUCCAUGGAUGUUACUCCAUCUGAGGUGUCUGCUCCAACGAAGCGAACGGCGCUGGUGAGACGAGAGACCUCCGCUGCAGAUUCGACCCCCGAAUCGAGACUUUCACGUAGCCAGAGCUUGAAGGACAAUCUACAAUGCUUGUCCAAACGCGAAACGAAGAUGGCUACCAGAUCUCGCACGAAACUCGCGACCGCUGUGAGCAACGAGAAGCUGACGAUGGGUACGGUGUCCCAGUCGAACCCAUCUUCUGGCUAUGAAUCCACCUCCACGUCUUCCUCGAGUCAGUGUCAAUCCAACCCGCAGUCGUCGGAUCAGGGACCCGUCACGGGGAACGCUUGCAAAACCCCCAUGUUCAACCACGUCGUUGUAGUGACCCUGCGCAUGCAGGAGUCCAUCAAGCAGUGUCUUCGUGUAAUGCCAGCCGAUGUGUGCUGUAAUCCAUCGCCGAGGAAAGGACCCCAGCCAGUGUUCAUUUCUAAGUGGAUCGACUACAGCAAUAAGUACGGAUUCGGAUUCCAGCUGUCUGACAAAUCCGUGGGUGUUAUGUUCAACGACAACACCAGGAUUGCAUGCUCCGGCGAUCGACGCCGCGUCGAAUUUUGGGAUAGCGAAGGCGGCCUGAGCAUCUUCAAUCAGGGCAAUGUGCCGCAGCCGCUGGAAGAACGGUACACUCUGCUGAGAUACUUCGCCAAGUACAUGGACGAGAACCUGACCGAAGGCGGCGGGCACGGCGCCCCAGCCCGAGCCGACGUGCCCAUGGCGACAAACGGCGCCAUGAAUGGCUCGUCGUGCGUGUCCACUAUUCCGCACAUGCGGUGUUGGAUCCGGUCUUCGGCUGCCAUCAUCAUGCAUCUGAGUGAUGGCACGGUUCAGAUCAACUUCUUCAAAGACCAUACGAAAGUCGUGAUCUCAGCUACGGACGACGCGGAGGACUUCGUUCCGAGGCCGACUGUGUUAAUCACUUUCAUCAACAGCCAGCGCAGCAGCAGUACUUACGAUAUUGCCUCACUUACGCUUCGCGGAUGUGAACCGAUUCUGCGCGAGCGACUCGUGUUCGCUUCGUCUGCCCUGGAGCAAAUCACGCCAUUGAAGGAGAAACAAGUCUAGGGUCGCUGUCAGGUGAACUAGCUGCCCAAGGAGAUAAUCUCGGAAGAACUUCUAAUUUGCUCGCCAUUUAAAAAAAAAAAGCUUCUUCGGUGUUCUGUGAAUAUUGCUUAUGGGUGCCUUACAAUUCGUGAUUCCCCGCCGCGUUCGUAUCUGAUCCCGAAUCGAGUUUUUUGUUUUGCUUUUUCCUGCUUGAUUUAUUUUUUCCGUGCGACGGGGGGUGGAUCCGACUCGCUGUUUCCAUAUCGAAGCCGAAGGGGCUCGUCGAAAUUUAUUUUGUGUUCGGUUAGAAGGUCUCUAAGAAAGGCAGGUGUGAGAUCCACCUUCAAUCCCUCUCCAAGGAGUGAAUUACCGUGCGGUUGCUGUGCGUGAUCCUUGGCUGUUAGAGCGCGAUUGGGUGGGAGAUCAUCUGCGGAAGUGUGUCUUGGCUGGCUGAGAACUGUGGGUCGGUUUUUUAGGCGAGAAGAUUUUGAAGGAGGAUGAUCUCAGAGGUUCAACGUGCAGCGUUGACUGGUGGGCAAAAAGAAGGGGACAGCGAACCGGGCGAUGGUCGACUGAGCCAGAAUGUGUGAAAUCGCCGCUCUCUGUUUUUGUCUUCCGCUGGCGCUGGAGUGAUGGAUUCGUGCCUUCAGUUCCAGUUAUUCUGAUCACACUGCGAAAGCCUGGUGUUCGCGUCUGCUGAACUUGAACGCUGAGCUUAGAGAUUCAUACUCUCUGGCCUCUGUCCCAUCUUACCGCCUCGCGAGCGGACAUUGGGGAUAUGAAGCUCUCAGUGCUGUUUGUGAAAUGCUGUGGUGUUGCUUCGGAAUUGUGAUAACAGGAAAACACUUACAGUAAUUUUUUGCAUUCGAGUAGUAAAACCCGAAGGGAUAAUAUGCUGGAUUAUGGCCGAGCAUUUUUUUUCAACAUUCCAUGCGUCGUCAUCAGGUCAACUUCGGGCGCUCAAAAGUCCAUUGUGUUGAUUCCCCACAGGCUUGUUUUCUAUAACUCUUGGUCCGUCUAAAUUCUGGAAGUUUGCUCAUUAUUUCAAGCAUUUAAUUUUUUUUUCUGUAACGAAGGAAAGAAACUGCGGAGGCCGCGCUGUGGUUUUCUUACGCGGGGCGAUUCUUGUUUCUUCGGGGAGUCUUGAUUAAUUUGUUACAUCUUGCAUUGCGGCCGUAAUGCAGUAAUUGCAGCGGAUACUUUUCGGAAACUCGUACGUGUGGGAACGGUGGGUGCGUGUGGGUGUACAUAAUUUCGCCGUGGGCAUCGGAAUCUGUUCGAAGCGCGAUGUUGGCGGUACUCUUCAUUUAGAUCUAGCCCGGCGGCGUUCCCUCGUGGGGACGCCUCGAAAUCCGCGGUUGCUGCGCAGCGAUUGUGGAAGGAAUGAAAAAAGCGAUUUGAUGUUCGAUGUUUCUGUGUGCUGACGCGAACUGGAAGAUCAUCUAGAAUUGAGUGUUGCAUUCGUUUCUUGCGAUGAGAAACCUUGGGCGAACUCUCCUGAGCCGGGCAUUCAUAACUCCGUGUUUCAUUCACGCUGAACUGCCAUCGAAGAAAUAUGUCCGGAGAGUUUUCUGAGGAUCGAAUAAAUUAUCCGUUUGCGGAGACA